UAUCAAUGAUAAAAUCAAACUUUUCAACGCAUAAGUCAUAAAACAUUUCAAAUAUUUAAGUCUAAAAAAAACUACAAACAUAAAAAUCCACCAUUUGGAGCUUGCAAUUAUAGUAUUUGGUUUUUCGGUCGGAAAUUUAGAAAUUCGGUUCGGUUGAAAGAACCCUGAUUUUCGAACUAUCCAUAUUUUCCUUCCGAACCGAAUAACAUUAAUUCGGUUUCGAUUCGGUUUAAUUCGAUUCUGGUUCGAUUUGGUUCAAGUUUACCGAAUCGAUUGCCCACCCCUACCUGCUUCGUUGUAAAAAAAAUAUAUUGGGAUGAUUCAUGAUCACAAGCUUUUCGUCGGGUUCCGACCUGCACUUGCCGCAAAGGCGCAAACAAAAACAAAACAAAAAAAUUCAAAUUCCACAAAUGGUUACGAGCUCAUCAACCUAAUCCAAACCUGAGGUCAGAUCCAAUCCCUUACCCUCAUCCAGCAAAUCAACAACCAACGGAUGGUAGCAAACGGGAAUUGGGGCACACCACUAUAAAAAGUGUACUCCGAUUGGUGGUGUGACGCAGAUAAACAACAUUAAGCAAAGAGCUGCUUUACUGAACACCCAGUAAGGCAAAGUUUUUUCUUUUUCCAUAAAAAAAUGGCGUCCAUGAUUUCGUCCUCCGCCGUGGCCACCGUGAGCCGCACCGGUGCUCAGGCCAGCAUGGUCGCCCCUUUCACCGGCCUCAAGUCCGCCGCCGCCUUCCCCGCCACCAGGAAGUCCGUCAACGACAUUACUUCCAUCACAAGCAACGGUGGCAGAGUCCAGUGCAUGAAGGUGUGGCCACCAUUGGGUUUGAAGAAGUACGAGACCCUCUCCUACCUUCCCCCAUUGACGGAGGAGCAAUUGGGCAAGGAGGUCGACUACCUGCUCCGCUCCGGAUGGGUUCCUUGCCUCGAGUUCGAGUUGGAGCACGGUUUCGUGUACCGUGAGAACAACAGGUCCCCGGGUUACUAUGACGGAAGGUACUGGGUCAUGUGGAAGCUGCCCAUGUUCGGGUGCACCGACUCGUCCCAGGUGCUGAAGGAGCUCCAGGAGUGCGUCAAGGAGUACCCACAGGCCUUCGUCCGCAUCAUCGGGUUCGACAACAAGCGUCAGGUGCAGUGCAUCUCCUUCAUCGCCUACAAGCCCGAAGGCUACAACUGAUUCCAACCCUUCUCUGCAUUUUCGCGUUAUUCACUUUUGGCUUUCCUUUGAGGAAGUAUGUGUUAAAUUUCUUUUUCGAAAUUCUCAAUGUUUUCCUCUGGUUUAGAUUCGAAUGUUGGGUCGAACGGUUGAGAUUUGUUUGAAAUAAUAAUAUUUGUUGUUUAUGCAUAUAAUUAAUAGUGUGUGUAUUGCUUGUUCAAUUAUUGAGUCCCCUUGGGCUUCCUUCUUUCAUAUAAUUGGCUGGAGUGCUUUGAAAUGCAUGUGGUGGAAAUUCUGUCUGCCCUUUAGUUUGGGUAAAGAUAGAUAGAUAGAUAGAUGCAAUUGCAGUCACCGUUUGGUAUUUCAGCCAGAGGAAACGAGUGGCUCUUGUGUUACUCCUACUCUUACUCUAACUGGAGAGUUCCUCAGUUGGCUUAUAGUAUAAAUACAAUGACAUCCAUUAAGAAACCGAGUAACUAAGAUGAAUAGUACAUGAUGGUACACAGUGUUUGAAAAAUUAUACCAUAAAAAUAUAGAUGGGUUGAUCGAAAAAAGCGUCAAUCACAAUUUUAUAGAUAUAAAAAAGUUGAAUCUCAAUUUAAGCACAAAAUAUUGUGCCACUGACUUAUCCAAUGCAACUCUUGUAUGAUUUUACAAUCCCUAAAUAGGUCACAUAAUUCACUGACAAAAUGUAGCACGCACAUACUUUUGACAUGCAUAAAUUCCUUUACAUCAUAGAGCAUAUAGAUUGCUGCACCUGAAUCUCAAUAUUGCAAUAACUUGUGUCGGUAUACUACUCAUUCUUUAUAUUGAGUGAACCACAUACUGAUGGAGAGGCAGAUGAUGUUCAUGGUAUUUGAAAUAGGUAUAAUUUUUCUUGAUGGAUAAGGAGGAGGUUAUUAAUAUUCGAAUUAGACACUACUUAAUUCACUGAAAAGAGAAAAUUAACACGACUCGACAUCUUAAAGUUAAGAUAUUGUUUCAAUAUUACUAAACCAGAAGUGUGUUCUCCAUCCUAUAUAUUUGCAUCUAUUUUAUACUCAGAAAAUACAUGCAUAGAUGAAAGAUAUUUGUAUAUAAUAAUAUUAUAGAAAUGCAUGAACAUAUGGUCUAUUGGCGGAGCUAGAAAAUAGAAACAGGCAUGUCCAUUUAUAUUAUAUAAAUAUAUGAAUAAAUAUUUUUAAGAUUAAUAUUCAAGUAGUUCAUUCAUAAAAGAAGAAUUAAUUGAUUAAUAAUUUUUUUUUGUAUAAACAACAUUAAUGUGUUUUUAUAUCUUAGGAUUUUUUUAUUGUCUAUAUUCUUUUUUUAUAAGAGCGAUUGAUGGUACUAAAAUUUUUUAUAAACCCACGGAUUGCUGAAGUGGAUCGAAAUAUCGAAUUAAAUUUGAUAGGUAUUUCCAAAUUUUAGAUGUGUCCACUCACAAUUCCUUUGGCUCUGCCAUAGGAUACAAACAAACACAGAAAUAUUCGCAUCCAGCGACGGGAAGCUACGAUAUCGUAUGUCUAUGAACUAUGAAGGCAGGCUCCCCAUAUUUGACAGAAGCCAUUAACUGAAUGGAGAUAGGGACAAAUGUGUUUUCAGAAGAUGGACAGCUACAUUUGUGGACAUUGCCAUGAAAAAGGAGAUAAGAGUUAAUGAUAAAGGGGGUUUUUCCUUUCUCUAUUUUUGGCCCCUUCUUCUUCUCCACUUGAUCCACUGCAGUCCCACCGGCCGGCCACCACCACCUCUAUCUCUUUCCGGCGGCUUCCGCCAACCAUUUUCGCUGUGAAAUCAGUCACAGUCAAACCUGUCGUUUCUUUCUUUUGAAACCCAGCCCUUUUUUAGAUAAAGAAUUCUAUUUUAA